AUGCGCAUGACCGAACACGUCAGGAAAGUUUCCGAGAAAGCCAGCAAAGUCUGCAACGUUUUAUCGUGUCUGAUGCCUAGAAAAGGAGGCCCAAGCAACGCGCGUAGAAACCUAUUGGCCACUGUAAUCAGAUCGGUAACGUUAUAUGGAGCCCCUGUAUGGGAAAGCGCGCUCAGAUUCAAGAAAUACGCCAAGAUACUAAGACUUAUCGAAAGAAGAACGGCGAUAAGCGCGACAUCUGCAUACCGUACGGUAGCGACGGAAGCUGUGAGCGCGCUGGCCGGACACCCGCCAAUGGACUUACUGGCAUGGGAGCGAAGCAGGAACUGGGAGACGAGAGGAGAAAACGCAGAAAUAAACAAAGAGAGCAUGUUUGAAAAGUGGCAACAGAGGUGGAACGAGUACGGAGGCUGGGCGAAGACGUUCAUAAAGAGUGUGAGAGACUGGAAGGAGAAGGGACCCCGAGUGGAUUAUUACACCACUCAAGCUAUAAUGGGGCACGGCGAAUAUCUCAAGAAAAUCAAGAAGAUUGAAUCCGAUAUCUGUUGGUUCGGGUGUCGGGAGUCAGAUACUCCCAGACACACAAUAUUUAAAUGUGCACGUUUUGAGAGGGAAAGGGCAACAAUGAACGUAGAACUGGAACAUUCAGUCACAGAAGAAAAUGUUGCAGACCUGAUCAUGAAGGAUGAAAAACACCAGAACAUCAUAAUAAGAUACUUCAGAGAAGUCAUGAAAGCGAAAGAUGCAGAAGGGAGGACGAAGAGAAGAGUUCACGAUAAAGAACAGCAUACCCCGAUGAAAUGCCCCGAUGGGCGGAUUCCGGGAAGAGAGGGGGAAGGGUUUUAG